UGUAAGAACUCACCAAGUCACUGUUAUGUUCUGUUAUGUUCUGUUCAAGUCCAUUCUCUCUCUCUGAAACUUUGCAUAAUAAAGAUCUUUCUGCUCGUGGAAGAAGAAGAAGAAGAAAAGAACCGACACCAUUAAUGUCAAGACCCUAUUCCCACCGUAAAAGCACCACUUAAAUAUUAUUUUGCCUUAAGCACUCUCAUCUCAUGUGUACGGCUCUUCUUCUCCAACUACCACCAUUAUAGCUCUCUCUCGCUAUGAUUCCUACUCUAUUACACUGCGUUUACUAAAAUAGAAGAAGAAGACUUGGACUAGUUCCACUAUCUCAUUAUUACUACUCUCUUGAACUCCGUUUCCCAAGGAGCAAGUGGGUGGGACAUUGUUUUGGAUUACAUGAACUAUGGAGUCUGUUUUGGUGGUUCUAAGUUAUAGUCUUUAACUGGGUCACUGUCAGUUCUGAGAGUAGUCUUGUUCAUUAUUGUAAAAACUGGUCUGUUACAGCUCAAAAAGUUGUUCAAUGGGGUUGUUUUUCUCGUUUAUUCUAUUACUUUUUUCUGAGGUUAUAUUCCUUCCGGGUUCAUAUCAACAGCAAACUUCUCAAAGCCGAAUCUUGCUUCAACUAAAGAAGCAAUUGGAGAAUCCCAACUCGUUACAAGCUUGGGAAAAUUAUGUUGACUUGUGUAACAUUCCUCCCUCUGUUAAUGUCAGCAUAUUAUGCCAGGACACUUCAGUGACAGAGCUCAAAAUAAUGGGAGAUAAGGUUCCUAAGGGUGAUGAGUUUAAUGGCUUUGCAAUCCCCAAUCAGACUCUUUCAGAGGCUUUUUCUAUUGACUCGUUUGUCACAACACUGACCAAGUUAAGCAGCUUGAGAGUUCUUAGAUUAGUGUCUUUGGGAAUUUGGGGACCAUUUCCUGAUAAGAUUCAUAGGCUAUCUUCACUUGAACUCUUGGACUUGAGCUCAAAUUUCAUGUAUGGUUCUGUUCCUCCUAAGAUAUCUACGAUGGUUAAGCUUAAUACUUUAGCACUAGAUGGGAAUUACUUCAAUGGAACUGUUCCUGAUUGGCUGGAAUCUUUGUCAAAUCUCACUAUUUUGAGCUUGAAGAACAACCUGUUGCAGGGUCAGCUUCCUGAUUCAGUUUCUAGAGUUGAGACACUUACUGAUAUUUCCAUGGCUAAUAACAAGAUAUCUGGUAAACUACCUGAUUUGAGUGCCUUAACUAGUUUGCGUGUAUUAGAUUUAAGAGAGAAUCAAUUAGAUUCUAAAUUGCCACGAUUGCCAACUCAAUUGAUUACAGUUCUUCUUAGCAAGAACUCAUUCUCAGGAGAUAUUCCUGAGCAUUUUGGUGAUCUUACUCAGCUUCAGCACCUUGAUCUUUCAUCCAAUAAUCUAACUGGGGCCCCUCCUUCUGCCUUGUUCUCUUUGCCAAACAUCAGCUAUUUGAACUUAGCAUCCAAUAUGUUUAGUGGGUCACUUCCAGACAAGCUAAGUUGUGGUGCCAAACUUGGGUUUGUAGAUAUUUCAAGCAACAGAUUAGUGGGUGGAAUUCCUCCUUGUUUGGCUAGUAAUUCAGACAAAAGAUUUGUUAAAUACAAUGCAAAUUGUCUAUCCAUUGAUUCCAAUCAUCAGCAUCAUGGUGCAUACUGUAGAGAAGCCAUUAAAGGAAAGAAACCAUCAAGAGGAAUAGUUAUAACAGUGCUAGUUGCUGCCAUUAGUGGCACUAUACUUUUUGCUGUGCUUUUAGUAUUUGGGGUGCUUUUCUUUCGUAGACGAAACCAUCCAAGGAAGCCUGCUGAGCAGCAGAACACAUUGCCAAAACAGCAAGAGAAUUCACCAUCAGUGUUUUGUUCUGAACUUGUUACAAAUGCCAGGCUUAUUUCCCAAGCAGCCAAGCUGGGGACACAAGGAGCCCCAGUCUGUAGAUUGUUCUCUUAUGAAGAGUUGAGAGAAGCAACAAACAACUUUGACAAGUCCAUAUUUUUGGGUGAAGGCUUCACAGGGAAGGUACCCACCAAACUCAAAUCUGCUAUAGAAUUAGAUGUCAGACUUGAAAAAUUGCAGAGAGAAAAACUUUACAAGGGAAAACUGGAAAAUGGAACGUAUGUUACUGUAAGAUCUCUGGUUUUUUCAAAGAAGUAUUCAAUUCAGAACCUCAAAGGCCGGCUUGAUUUUCUCUCAAAGCUUCACCAUCCAAAUUUAGUUGCUCUGUUGGGCUAUUGCACUGAAAAUGGUGGACAAGAUGAUAAUAGUGCCAACAAAGUCUUCCUAGUCUAUGAAUAUGUGCCUAAUGGGAGCUACCGCACAUAUCUAUCAGAAAAUUCUCCAGAAAAGAUUCUAAAAUGGUCUGACAGACUAGCUAUUCUAAUUGGAGUAGCCAAGGCUGUGCAUUUUCUCCACACUGGGGUUAUUCCCGGUUGCUUCAACAACCGAUUGAAGACGAACAAUAUAUUGCUUGACGAGCAUCGGAUUGCAAAGUUGAGUGACUAUGGGAUUUCCAUCAUCAGAGAAGCAAUUGAAAAAGUUGAGGCCAAGGGAGAGCGCACAAAAUCAAGCCAUAAGAAAACAGUUGAGGAUGAUGUCUACAACUUUGGAUUUAUAUUACUUGAAUCACUUGUUGGACCAAUAGUAAGUGGAAAAGGAGAGACUUUUCUGCUAAAUGAAAUGGCAUCGUUUGGUAGUCAAGAUGGCCGAAAGAAGAUAGUGGAUCCAAUUGUGCUGACCACGUCCUCACAGGAGUCAUUGUCAAUUGUGGUAUCAAUCACCAGAAAAUGCAUAUCUCACGACGUGCCAUCUCGGCCAUCUUUUGAAGAUGUGCUUUGGAAUCUACAGUAUGCUGCUCAAGUUCAGGCCACAGCUGAUGCUGAUCAGAAAUCAGAUUCUGCAUCACAGGCCUAGCUAGCUACACAUGUAAGCAAGUUUAUAGGGUUUCAUAACACCUAACACAAAAUAUCCCAUCUCUAUGGAAGCCUACAUACAACAACAAUUGCUGCCAUGAAAGCACACUUGAGCAGCCUCAGUUCUCACUCACUCAUUUGCCAAGUAGAAGAAAGAAAGGUUUAGUUUUUUGGGCUGUUUUUUUUUUAUUAUUAUCAUAUCAUGAUAUGUAAAGCUUGUAAAGGUAUUGCACAAUAUUAUAGAGAUAUAGAAUUUUUUUUAUUUUUGAUAGGAGAGAGUUUGGUUGGAGAUUUGUAUGUAGAAUAGGAGAGACUUCAUUUAUUGAUAUAUUGAAUAAAUAUUAGCUACCAAGAAUUUGGUGUCCAGCUUCAUAUAUUGAUAUUUGAUUUUGAUUU